UAAGCUUCAUGGCUGCCUUGUUUGCAAGAUUUACAACAUGGUUCUUCAUGCCUUCCAGCAUGGAGAUUAUGAAUGGCAAGAUCCAAAAUCAGAGGAUGAGGUAGUUAACAUAACAUUUGUAAAUCGAGAUGGUAAAAAAAUUCCUGUAAGGGGAAAGAUAGGCGAUAACAUUCUCUAUCUUGCUCACCGCUAUGAAAUUGAAUUAGAAGGUGCUUGCGAAGCUUCUUUAGCAUGCAGUACUUGCCAUGUGUAUGUAGAUGAUGAGUACAUUGAAAAGUUGCCAGAACCACUAGAAGAGGAGGAGGAUAUGCUUGACUUGGCUGUCUUUUUAAGGAAUAAUUCAAGACUUGGUUGUCAAAUUAUUUUGACUAAAGAGCUUGAUGGCUUGACACUUCGGUUACCUCAGGCUACACGCAACUUUUAUGUGGAUGGUCAUGUUCCUAAACCACAUUAGGUCACUCACAAAAAAUAGAUUUAUUUGAAACCAUGACAUGCAUGAAAAUAUAAGUUGAAUUUAAUGAUUGUUAAAAAGAUUGCUAAAAUGGGCAUUGAUUUUGCUAGAUCUAUUUUGGCAGUCAUAUAAAUAGUGAAUGUAAUCAUUUAUGUUAAUAAAUUUAUGCAAAAUC